AUGGCAUCAUCAUCGCCGAAUCGAGAUUCCACUUCUAAUUCUUCAACGGAUCAGUAUAACAAUCCGUAUUUCUUGCAUAACUCUGAUCAUGCGGGAAUGGCUCUUGUCUCCGAUCGAUUGAAUACGGGAGCUGAUUUUCACACAUGGCGUCAUUCUGUGCGCAUGGGUCUCAAUGUGCGUAAUAAGCUUGGGUUCAUUGACGGUACGAUUCCUAAACCCCCUGAGAAUCAUCGGGACUAUGGUUCUUGGUCUCGUUGCAAUGAUAUGGUUACAACUUGGCUUAUUAAUUCUGUUAACAACAAGAUAGGAACAAGUCUAUUGUUUAUCCCGACUGCAGAAGGAAUCUGGAAAAGUAUUUUGUCUAGGUUUAAACAAGAUAAUGCACCUAGGGUUUAUGAGAUUGAGCAACAAUUGAGUUUGAUUCAGCAAGGUUCUAUGGAUGUUAGUUCCUAUUACACUGCCUUGGUUACACUUUGGGAGGAGUUGAAGAAUUAUGUGGAUUUACCUCUCUGUACUUGCGGACGAUGUGAGUGUAAUGCUGCGGCUCUGUGGGAGACACUUCAGCAGCGUAGUCGUGUUACGAAGUUUCUUAUGGGGCUCAAUUCAUCUUAUGAGGCUACCAGACGUCAUAUCCUGAUGCUUAAACCGGUGCCUAACAUUGAGGAAGCCUUUAACAUGGUCACACAGGAUGAAAGGCAGAGGUCUAUUCCGUCAAGGCCAGAUAAUGUUGCCUUUCAUACAACAAACAAUCAGUCUACUGUUAAUUCCCAUCAACCUUCAUCAUCGUUUGAUGGCUCUUAUGAUCAUGCAGCUUUUGCGGCGAUGCAAAACUAUUUCAGGCCUAAACAAUCUAGUCGUCCUCUUUGCACUCACUGUGGUCAGCUUGGUCAUGUUGUUCAGAAGUGUUUCAAGCUUCACGGUUAUCCUCCUGGUUAUAUUCCUGGUUAUAAAACGUUUGCUUUGGGUUCUCACUUAUCUCAGAGACCUUCCAACCAGUUUACUCAACCUCGAGGACCUCCAACUCAUACUGCUAUUCCACAACAGCAAUAUCAGCCUUCACAGGUUCCUCCAAUGCGAGCUCAGACUCCUAUUAUGGCAAAUGCAGUAACUUCUGCUUCUUUUCCGCCAACGAGUUCUCCUGUGACGAAUGCUGUUAGUGUGGAUCUCAGUCGCCUUAGUAAUGAUCAAAUCCAGUCUCUGAUUCAGCAGUAUCAAGCUCAUGUUACCACUUCAGAGCCUCCGGCUCCUUCCCCACAGCUUUCGUCCAUCACAGAUCAUGGUAUUAUGGAUCCACAAUCAUCCUCUGGUAAUACUUCUUUUCCUACAUCCUUUCCUUCUACUUCACUUCACUUUGAGAAUAAUCAUCUUACAUUCCAACAUCAAUGUCUUUCUUCACUCUCUGCAAAUUUACCUCAUGGUAGUUGGAUAAUUGAUACAGGAGCCACCAGUCAUGUUUGUUCUGACUUGGCACUUUUUAAUGAAACCACGACAGUUUCUGGUGUCACAGUUAGUUUGCCUAACGAUGCUAGAGUGGAUAUUACUCAUUGUGGCACUGUGCAUCUCUCAUCAUCCUUGAUAUUGCAUAAUGUUUUACAUGUUCCAUCAUUCAAAUUUAAUAUAAUCUCUGUUAGUUCAUUGUUGAAUCAUGAUCAAUAUUCUGCUCAUUUCUUUCCUUUUUAUUGUUACAUUCAGGAGUCUAUUCAGGGCUUGAUGAUUGGUAGAGGGAAUCUAAUGCACAAUCUUUACAUAUACAGCAACGAUCGUCCUUUUUCUGCAUCACAGUCGCAUUUUACUGGAUCCUUGAAGGUCGAUGGACUUCUAUGGCAUCAACGCCUAGGACAUCCAUCUUCUGACAAGUUAAAGCACAUUCCUGGUAUCUCAUCUUUGUCUUCUUCCUUAUUGUCUGAGUCUCCUUGUUCUGUUUGUCCUUUAGCUAAGCAGAAGCGUCUUUCGUUUGAGUCUAAUGGUCAUAGGUCUACUACACCUUUUGAUCUUGUUCACUUAGAUAUUUGGGGUCCGUUUGCUGUCGAGUCUGUUGAGGGUUAUAAGUAUUUUCUCACUAUAGUUGAUGAUUACAGUCGUGUAACCUGGGUUUAUCUACUACAUAAUAAAAGUGAAGUUUCUGUUAAAUUUCCUCUCUUUCUUAAGCUUGUUGAAACACAAUAUCAUACCAAAGUAAAAAAGAUACGAACUGAUAAUGCUCCAGAACUUGCAUUUACUGAUUUAGUUAAUAAGCAUGGUAUCAUUCAUCAGUAUUCUUGUGCUUAUACUCCACAACAAAACUCGGUUGUAGAACGAAAGCAUCAGCAUUUACUUAAUGUUGCUAGGUCUUUGUUGUUUCAAUCUAAUGUCCCGCUGAUCUAUUGGACUGAUUGCUUGUUGACUGCCGUUUUCCUGAUCAAUCGCACUCCUUCAACUGUUUUAAACAAUCUUACUUCUUAUGAACUAUUGACCAAAAAGAAACCGGAUUACAGUUUUCUAAAAUCUUUUGGUUGUCUCUGUUUUGUGUCUACUUUACAAAAAGAUAGGCAUAAGUUUAGUCCUAGAGCUACUGAAUGCGUGUUUCUUGGUUAUUCUUUUGGCUAUAAAGGUUACAAAGUUUUGCAUUUAGAUACUAAUGUCGUCUCUGUUUCUAGGAAUGUUAUUUUUCAUGAAACAUUGUUUCCUUUUAAAACGAAUCCUUGUGUUACUCAUGAUAUUGAUUUGUUUGGCGAUGGUAUCUUACCUUUAUCAGUUCCAAUUUCUCUUGAUACAUCUAUUGUUACUUUACCUGCAUCUUCUCAUGCAUCAUCAUCUCAUACGACACCUGGUGCCACUGAGCAUGCCCACUCUAGCACUGUUCCUAUGGCUCGACCGACUGUGCCCUCAGGAACGACUGUUGUUUCACUACCAAGUGGCAGGCCACGACGAACUACUAAGGCUCCAGGUUACUUAUCUGACUAUCAUCACUCUCUUCACCAAAUUUCUACUUCUUCUAUCUCCACCCCUUCCAUAUCUCCUUCUCCUUUCAAACCACACACUACACCUUAUCCAAUCUGUUCUUUCUUAUUCCUUUAUCAACCCGUCCUAUCAGUCCUAUGUUCUUUCUAUUACUAUUGA